AUGGACGUUGAAUAUGAUUCGGAAAAUGACUCGGAAAAGACCGAUGUGGAACCGAGCCAGCCGGCCUCGCUGAGACGGGCGGGAGAGGCCAGCCGGCUGGUCUAUGAUGUCGACGAGAUCCCGGGAUACCACGCCGACGGGCCAGAUGAUGACGACCCAUUGCCAAUGGCAGCGUCGCAUGUGGCGCACCGCCGGGGAUCAGGGGCUUCAGAGCGGCCACGGGAGGUCGUGGCCUGGCGCGAUCUGCCGCGGAAGAAGCAGCUGCUGGUGAUUGUGCUCGCUCGACUGAGCGAGCCGCUGGUCCAGACAUCUAUCCAGUCCUACAUGUUCUACCAGCUCAAAUGGUUCGACGAGACCCUGCCGGACUCGGUCAUCGCCGGCCAGGCCGGUGUCUUGCACGCAAGCUUUACCGCUGCGCAGUUCUUUACCGCCAUGCUCUGGGGACGCCUGGCAGACUCGAGCCGCGUUGGUCGCAAGUCUGUGAUUCUAAUUGGGUUAUCUGGAACGAUGAUCUCGUGUCUGGGCUUCGGCUUCUCGACGUCAUUCUGGCAAGCGUUGAUUUUCCGAUCCUUUGGUGGGAUCACGAAUGGAAACGUGGGAGUCAUGAGGACUAUGAUCAGCGAGACAAUCCGCGAGAAGAAGUACCAAUCCAGAGCCUUCCUCUUACUCCCCAUGACCUUCAACAUCGGAGUCAUCAUCGGCCCUAUCCUAGGCGGCAUCCUGUCCGACCCGGCCGGGAGCUACCCCAGCGUCUUUGGCAAAGUCGACUUCUUCCUCAAGUUCCCCUACGCCGCGCCAAACCUGCUCAGCGCAUUCUUCCUCCUCUCCGCCUGCCUUGCCGUCUGGCUCUGCCUUGAAGAGACCCUCGACGCCCGAAGAGAUAAGGGCGACAUAGGCCUCGAGCUAGGCACGAGACUUGCCUCCCUCCUCGCCCGCCUCUUCCGCCGCGGCCGACACCCCACGGGGCCCCACGCGUCGGUAUCCUACACCCCGAUCGCCUCCCGCGACGCGAGCACAGAAGUCGAGCUCUCGCCCGCCACCACCACGGCCCACCACCCCUUGCCCCUCUCGAAACACCGCCGCCCGCGCUACACCCAGCGCCUGCCCUUCGCCCGCAUCUUCACCCCCAACGUCGUCGCCACCUUCGCCUCGCUCUUCCUCCUCGGCUUCCACGUCGGCACCUUCAACUCGCUCUGGUUCGUCUUCCUCUCCACGCCCGUCUACGACCCGGCCGCGCCGGCCGCCCUGCCCCGCGCCCUCCCCUUCGUCUUCACGGGCGGGCUCGGCCUGCCGCCCCGCUCCGUCGGCCUCGCCAUGGCCAUCCUCGGCGCCCUCGGCAUCGCGCUCCAGCUCCUCGUCUACCCGACCCUGUCGGCGCGCCUCGGCACCGUGCGCUCCCUGCGGCUCUUCCUCGCCUGUUUUCCCGUCACGUACUUCCUCGUGCCCUACCUAGGCCUCGUCCCCAGCGACGCGGCCCACCCGCCCCCCGGCCCCGCGGGCGGCGCCCUCGUCUGGCUCGCCAUCGCGGGCGUCCUCUUCUGCCAGGUCCUCGCCCGCACCUUCGCCAUGCCCGCGCAGACCAUCCUCGUCAACAACUGCACGCCGCACCCGUCGGUGCUGGGCACCGUGCACGGCCUCGCGCAGAGCGUGGCGUCGUUUGCGCGCACCGUCGGCCCCGUCCUGUGCGGGUUCCUGUACGGGCUCGGCCUCGAGAGGGGCGUCAUCGGCGCCGUGUGGUGGGGGCUGAGCGGCGUCGCCGUGUGCGGGCUGGUGGCGAGCUGGUGGGUGCGGGAGGGGGAUGGGCAUGAGAUUUGGCUUGAGGGGGAUUAUGAGGGGGAGGAGGAGGAGGAGGAAGAAGAGGGUGGGCAUGGUGUCGUGGUCGGUGGUAGAGUGUAA